CUCGCUUGCAACACGACAUUAUUCUCCUGCCCUCAACAUUGUCAACAGAGUAUACCACUGUCCUUCUUUUCACCAUGGCAAAAUCUGCCCGUUCCUCUGACACGAAGCGUAACAAUGCUAACCUUCGCAAAAGAGUGUUUGGUCCUGCAGCAGACGCUCGAACCGCAAGGCUUUCUGCAAAACUUCAAGAACUGGCCGCCAAAUCUCGACCUACCGAUGACAAAAUUAUGGAAGUUGACAGCGCUUCAGUACAAAGAGAAAAGGACCAGAAAAAAGACCAACAAUCUUUAACCAAGGACAAUGAUCAAGACAUGGACCUUGAUGGUCAAGAGGCACAACCUGUCAGGUCCAAAAAGGCUGAAAAAAAGCGUAUCGCCGCAAACAAAAUUCACAAGGUGUCAAAAAGAAAGCCGAGAAAUCAGAUGGUCUUCUCUUCUGAGCGUGCACGCAAGGCAAAGAUGGCUUCGAAGAAAUCUCGCUGAAGUCACUGAUCGACAUUGCGGUGUAAACAGGUCAACAUGAUCCAACACUGCUUCGAGGCACAUGUUCAAAAUUCAGGAACCUUUCUACCACGGGGAUGUGGACAAUGACCUGCAGAGAAUACCUACGAAACCACUCUCGGAGCAAAAUGACCCCUCCUACCGCAAACUGGGCGGCACAGCCCCUGUCUAAUAUACUUGAGAAGAUCAUGAGUGAAGCAGAAGCAUCAUAUCUUCAGAUGUCUCAUCUUGGCCUCAAGCAUAUCCAUCAGCAGUCUCCUACGCUGCUGUGGAAUACUAGACUCAAGAUUGCCACUAUAUUGCGCUAGAGACGGGCAUUGGCCUGCGCGAGUUUGGGAGAUUUGGGCCAAAGACCUCACGAACCAGUACCGCGUGCCUACUCCAUUCUCCAGAGCGCGGCAUUGACCUUGAACUCGACACCUUUGAAUUUCUGAGCGAGAACAAUUUGGUCCGGUCUCAAAACUAAUCCUGUCAAAAGUCACGAGAGUCUACCUGCUCUAUCUUGGGAAUCUUGUCUCGCAAAGGUCGAUUACAAAAACCGUCAACAUCCUCCAGAUUCGACCGCAGACUGGACCAUACUCUAUGCCUUCGGAGCCUACCGCAUGGCAAAGGCCGCAUUAAGUUCGACACCUGAUUAUGUGCAAUCAUGUCAAGGUCAAAGGGUCAACAAUGGUGGGGUUGGGUUGAUAUGCUACAGACGGGCCGAUCCUACAGCGAUUUGAAUCAUAGUUUAACAAAGGAUCCAAUUAGACUUUUCAUGAAUCAUG